AUGUGGUUGACCUGCACGUACGACCUUGACGGAGGGACACUAGGUCAGUUACGGUGGCAGGAUAAGGAUAAUGUCAAUGUUGCCACAGCUACUCCUACAUCUGAUUAUCCGUGUUAUACAUCAGCUCCUGAGAACUACCGUAUAGACUGUAACCUAGCCUCUUAUGAAGUCAGACUGGGAAUCCUCAACCCUGUACACGGUGAUACAUACAGCUGUAGUGUCUCCCUGUCCGACUUUACACUGAUAGGACCAGUUCCUACACUGGUGUACGCUGUAGAUAGACGAAAGAUAAUCAGAAAGAGGACAUCCAAAGACAGAGAUCAUGUGACUAACCAAGGUGUGAGUCUGUCUCGUCCAGGAGGAGAACAACAUGGCAAUCCAAAUAAGGGAACACAUUUUGAUGAUACUAACCUAGAGGAACAAGAACAAACACCGAGCUAUGAGAACUUUGGUAGUAAUGCUGCAGCCUACAUAAAUGUUCAAGUUUCCACUGACGACAGACAAACGUAUGAAUCCCUUGACACAGGAACCAGUACUACCAUGUAUGAAAACUUCAAAGACUACAGAAAUGUUCAAGUUUCCACUGGCGACAGACAAACGUAUGAAUCCCUUGGCACAGGAACCAAUACUACCAUGUAUGAAAACUUCAAAGGACCAGCAGGCAACGCAUACGAAAAUACGGCUUAAAGAUGAAGAGUCAAUGGAGGCAACAUGUGUCAAUACUGCGUUCACUAAAUGUGUUAACUAAACAUAUGCACUAAUGCUGUGCAUGUCUUAUUUGCACGUGAUGAACCUUACUUGUAUGCCUGAAUAUGAUGAAGGGCACAGUUGUCAAGUGUUAUGUAUUAUUCAAUAUUGUUGAAAUUAACAUAAAAACGCUUGGGGAAUAUCUUUAUGUUUAAAACAGCUAUAAUCAGAAUACCAAUAUAUAUAUGCAUUUACAAAGAGAAUCAAACGAAAAUAUGUUAAUCUAUUAAAACCAAGUCUUAAUUCAUGUAGUUCUGUGUAAUUCCAAAUCAAUAUUACUGUAAAAACAGUUGUUUUCCAUUUCUUAUUGUGUAUCUUUUUAUUUUGACGUCAUCAGUUUUGUAUUUAUGUGUACUUUUGAUCAUUGUCUUUUAUGACUUCAUCAAUCUAUGUUGUUUUGACGUAACCAUGACACACAGUGAUGACGUCACAAAUAAAUCAUUUAUCUACCUGAAGUUUCAAAGAAUAUUGUUAUUGGUUUUUGUAUUCUAUAUAUAGAUAAA